AUAUAGAGGUUCGGUCGAAUAGGCAAGAUGGCAGCUGCCGCAACCCAGGGGAGGUUGGACCGAUUAAUUCAAGAAUUAAGGGAUCAGUAUUCAAAGGCAGUCAGAAACAAUCCUGACACAGUAGCACAGAUAGAAUCCGCUGUCAGAAUUUUGUCAUUUCUUGUCGCAGGUCGUUUUGAAAAUGGAGAAAUUCUGUCAGAACUGAUAUAUUCUGCUUCCAACCUCAUUGUCUUCAUCAAUGAUAAUGUCUUCAAAUCUGCUUCAAAAUAUGUUUCCAAAGUUGUGGACAUUACAAAAGAAAGGAUUAAAAAAUUGUUGACUGUCCUAGAAUACACAGAAGUUUUUCUGGAAAUGGCUGCUAAAAAGAAAUGGGGAACAAAAGGUGCUUGGGUGGUCAUCACUGUCAUACAAAUUACAAAAACUGUGUUAAGGUUUUAUUUGCUUGUGAAGUUAGAUGGAGGCAUUGGCAGCACACCAUCUAUACAGCCUGUAGACCGGGAAAUCCUGAAGACAUCACAAGAGGAGGAACAUGAUAACCUAGAGGAUGCCUGGGAUGAGGAGGCAGCUUACAGUGCCCAGGAGAAGACAUUUACUUUGGAGAGUUCUGGUAGACAAGUACGCACACUACAAGCAUCUGGGCAGAAUGGUAUGAGAACAUGGGGAGUUCCAGAGUCUGGCACUCAAUCUCCUCAAAACAACAUACUAAACAGGAAAAGGAAAUUGUUGAACCAGUCAGCAUCGAAGCUUACCAAACAGAGAAAAUGGGCAGAGGGUUUACAUAUUGCAAGACCACUUGCACACUUAAUCAGCAUGUACAUAUCAGGACUUGAUUCCUGGAAACCAUGGUUACUGGCAUGUGGGAUGGAUAUAACCAGUAUGUGUUUGAUGGGGGAAUCAAAAGAUUUAAAUCCAAAGGAGAAAGCAGAGCUGAAGAGACGCAGCUUGAUGCUCUUGUAUUAUCUGAUGAGGUCACCAUUCUAUGAUAAAUACACAAAGAUGCGAUUCAUGGCAGUGUUUAGAUUUAUUGCUCAGUAUGUGCCAUUGUCAGGUUUCAUUAUCAGACCAUUGUUGGAAUACCUACCCACAUGGCAACGGAUGUACUUCUAUGUGUGGACGUCAUAAAAACUGGGAAAAAAAAUGAUUGCAACUCUUAUUCUCUGGAAGAGCAAAGCAAUUUAUAGCUGUUUAAGGGUUGAUGUGCCUCUGUUCUUUGUACAGAUGAGGAUACAAAUCUGUUUUGCAUCAUUUUGAAGGCUUCUCUGUGAUUUCAUUGUUGCAUCAUACUGUGUGAGUGGAAGAGUGUUUGCUACUGAAAAAUCAUUUACUUUAAAAUUUCUUGGUUUUGCCCAAAACAACUAUAAAGGUUGAGAUAUGUUUGUAGAUUUCGACUUUUCAAAAUUAAUAAAUGAAUGAAAAUUUUCCUGUUUCCCUGGGAUUGAAUUUUUUGGAUAGGCUCAACUAUGAAAUCCAUGAAAAUUAGUGGCCCUUGAAAAUUAAUGGCCCAUGCCCAUGAAAAUUAAUGAUUUGACAGUAUCAGUGCAAUGAGUAUAAAAUACACAUGGUUGUGUCUGCGAGUGUGUAUGGCUAAUAUUACUUUAUAAGUAAUGGUUGUAACUAAUUUUAUUGAUGAUUAUGUAAAUUAUGUAAGCUAAACAAAUGUUCUUUACUUUAUUGACCAAUGUACGAAGUACAAAGUUUUUUGUUUAUGUAGCUUUCUCAUUUUGCACUAAUGUUUCUGAAACUCCUCAAGAGUCUUAAUUAUGAUAAGAUUUACAUUGCGGCAAACUAAAAAAAUCUGUGGUCCUGUAUCGUAAAUGAAGCACAUGAAAGAACUCUCGGGUUUAAGUUGGUAGUUGUGCAUUCACCUUAUAUUGUUAGCUGUCCAAAGCUUUAGCAGGUUGCCAUAGAUCAUGUUAUUUUCAUAGCCAUUAAAUUUUAUGGUUUCAGCCAGUACAGCUGUUUAGUAGAAACAUACAUCAAUGGAAUACAAAUUUAAAGAUAACGUUGUUUGUUUUUUUUCAUUUGUAUGGAUGUAAUCUAGUAAAUAGACUUGACCACAACAUUCAUUCAAAUUGGACCACUCAAAAAGUAAUAAUUUCAUAUCAAAUCAUAAAUAACUGUAACUUUAUCUACGUAAGAAAAAGUGUAUCUGUGUAAUUAUUCAAGAUGUAUCUAUCUUCUCACUGUACAGAUUUUGAAAUCCAAUUAAAAAGACAUUGUAGUCUAUUACUUAACCGCAGCAUGAAUGUACUGUAACUGUAUACAUGCAUUUGUAUAUACAUGAACAGUCAAGACAAGAGACAGUACUUUUGCACUGUAGUGAUGAUUCAUGUGGUUUAAUUGUAUAAUCAUUUCACCUUGCUGUACACCAUCAGCACUACAGUGAAACCAACCACAGCAGCCACCUGUCUUAAGCAGCCAGAAUGUGCUGCUCCCUUAGCAGGCUGCUGAAUACAGGUUUUACUGUCCCAUUCUUUGCACCAGUAUCACUGUAUAUGUGAGAUAUCUACUUAUAUUUUUUCCAACAUACACAUAAGAAAACGACAUGUCCUUUUUAAGCCUUUUAUAUUUUUCAUGCACAAUUGACUUUCUUGGAUUUUACAUUUUAUUCUAGAUGUUUUGAUAUUAAAGAAUAAGGACCUGUUUUGACAAUCACAAGUGAUUUCUUGUGCAUUUAGUGUAAAUGAAAUGGUUAAUAAAUGUGAUAUUAAGCUUGA